AAUAAAAGGGCAUACGGCACAAGGCAGCUGCCGCGGUAGGCAGCGCAGCGAAAAGGGCGACGCAAAGACUGGAAAAAAGCCGACGAAAAAGAGAGCGAUACGAAGAAGUCGAGGGAGAGCCCUCCACCCCUGCCGCCGCGCGAAAACCCUCCGGACUGCCUCCCUCUCUCCGUCCGUUCGACACCCUCGCUGCUGGAGCAGCGCGCUUCUUCCCUUCCGGUGGCUUCCCUCUCACCGCCGCUCCGCCUUCCAUUGAGCAGUGUCAGGUGGCUAUCUCCUCAUGGCAUGGAUAGAGGACACUGAUAAUGGGAAUAAGAGGGAAUGUGCUCUAUUGGAGAAUGGCUGCCCCAAAGCUUUGAAAACUUCCUUAGAUGAGUGCUCAACUCAGCCUGAAGUUCCUUUGCUUAGGAGGAAGAUUGAAGGGAAUGGUGCUCUCACAUAUGCUAAUAUCCUAAGGUCGCGAAACAAGUUUGCAGAUGCUCAGUUGUUGUAUGAAAGCAUCCUUGAGAAGGAUAAAACCAAUCUGGAAGCCCUUAUAGGCAAGGGAAUCUGCCUCCAAAUGCAGAAUCAAUUGCGGCAAGCUUUUGGUUGUAUUACAGAAGCAAUUAAGCUUGAUCCAUUCAAUGCUUGCGCCCUCACUCACUGUGGGGUUAUUUACAAGGAUGAGGGACACUUAUCGGAGGCUGCUGAGUCAUAUAAGAAGGCUUUAAAGGCAGAUCCUUCAUACAAACCUGCUGCAGAAUGCCUUGCUAUUGUUUUGACAGAUCUUGGGACAAGCUUAAAACUUGCCGGUAACACUGAGGAAGGAAUUCAGAAGUAUUUUGAAGCACUUAAAGUAGAUAGUCACUAUGCUCCCGCCUAUUACAACCUUGGAGUUGUUUACUCCGAGAUGAUGCAAUAUGAUUUGGCUCUAAACUGCUAUGAGAAGGCUAUCCUAGAGAGGCCCUUAUAUGCUGAAGCAUACUGCAACAUGGGUGUAAUAUAUAAAAAUCGGGGUGACUUGGAGGCAGCUAUUGCUUGCUAUGAAAGGUGCUUAGCUGUGUCUCCAAACUUUGAAAUUGCCAAAAAUAACAUGGCAAUAGCUUUGACAGACCUUGGGACUAAGGUAAAACUCGAGGGUGAUAUAAACCAAGGUGUAGCAUAUUACAAAAAAGCUUUGUUUUACAAUUGGCACUAUGCUGAUGCGAUGUAUAAUCUUGGUGUUGCAUAUGGUGAAAUGCUUAAAUUUGAUAAGGCAAUUGUGUUUUAUGAACUUGCAUUACACUUCAAUCCCAAUUGUGCGGAGGCUUGCAACAAUUUGGGAGUUAUCUAUAAGGACAGAGACAAUCUGGAUAAGGCGGUGGAAUGUUACCAGACGGCUUUAUCUAUUAAACCAAACUUCUCUCAAUCGCUAAAUAAUCUUGGUGUGGUCUUCACUGUCCAGGGUAAAAUGGAUGCAGCUGCCAGCAUGAUUGAAAAAGCCAUCAUUGCAAAUCCUACAUAUGCUGAAGCAUACAAUAACCUAGGGGUUCUCUACAGAGAUGUGGGCAGUAUUAAUCUGUCUAUCGAGGCUUAUGAGAGAUGUCUCCAGAUAGAUCCUGAUUCACGUAAUGCUGGUCAGAAUCGACUCUUGGCAAUGAACUACAUAGAUGUGGGUUCAGAUGAUAAACUUUUUGAGGCGCAUAGGGAAUGGGGAAGGCGCUUUAUGAAUCACUAUGUGCAAUAUACCACUUGGGAUAAUCCUAAAGACACAGACCGUCCGCUGAUAGUUGGAUAUGUGUCCCCUGAUUAUUUUACUCACUCUGUUUCCUACUUCAUUGAAGCACCUCUUUCUCACCAUGACUAUGCAAACUAUAAGGUGGUUGUAUACUCUGCCGUUGUCAAGGCAGACGCAAAGACACUUAAAUUUAAGGAUAGAGUUCUGAAAAAGGGUGGUGUGUGGAGAGAUAUUUAUGGUAUAGAUGAGAAAAGGGUGGCUAGCUUGGUUAGAGAUGAUAAAGUUGAUAUAUUGGUGGAGCUUACUGGACACACUGCAAAUAAUAAAUUGGGCAUGAUGGCUUGCCGGCCUGCUCCAGUCCAGGCAACAUGGAUUGGUUACCCAAAUACAACUGGUUUGCCAACAAUUGAUUAUCGGAUAACAGAUGAGUUAACGGAUCCACUUAAUUCAAAUCAAAAGAAUGUUGAAGAAUUAGUUCGUCUCCCAGAUUGUUUUCUCUGCUAUACGCCUUCCCCUGAGGCUGGUCCUGUUACACCAACACCGGCUCUUUCCAAUGGUUUUAUCACCUUCGGAAGCUUUAAUAAUUUGGCUAAGAUAACACCAAGAGUAUUGCGAGUUUGGGCAACUAUAUUAUGUGCAGUUCCCAAUUCUAGACUCGUUGUCAAGUGCAAGCCUUUCUGUUGCGAAAGUGUUAGGCAGAAAUUUCUCUCUACAUUGGAGCAGAUGGGGUUGGAAUCCUUGCGAGUUGAUCUAUUACCCCUUAUCCUUCUUAACCAUGAUCACAUGCAAGCAUAUUCCUUGAUGGAUAUAAGCUUGGAUACAUUUCCAUAUGCAGGAACAACUACUACUUGUGAGUCACUGUACAUGGGAGUUCCGUGUGUCACAAUGGCGGGUUCUGUUCAUGCUCAUAAUGUCGGUGUCAGCCUUCUGACUAGAGUUGGUUUGGGCCGGCUGGUUGCGAAAACAGAAGAGGAAUAUGUCAAAUUGGCAUUAAAGCUGGCUUCGGAUAUCUCAGCUCUAGGAGAGCUAAGAAUGUCACUGCGAGAGCUUAUGUCGAAGUCUCCAAUCUGUGAUGGAUCAAAAUUUGCACGAGGACUAGAGUCAACAUAUCGAGACAUGUGGCGGCGAUACUGCCGCAAUGAUGUACCUGCAAUCAGGCAUAUGGAAUCUCUGCGAGAUCAACCACCUCUUUCCAAUGAGAUUAUGGUGAAGUUUUCUGGACAAAAAAACAAUAUUGAUUCGGAACAACUGAAUCACCAAACGCAAUCACAGAUAAAUGGUGUUACGGUCAAUCACACCCCGAGCCCAAAGAAAAGCAGCUAUGAAGCAAAUGGUAAUAGAUAAGAGAUCAUGGAAAGGGAGGUGCCUGCUGUUUUACUUGGGAGGUCCUUUGAAAGUUGAAGCUCACCCUUGGAGAUUUUAAGUGUUAAUCGAUUGGGUUUCUUGGUCUUCAGUGUCAAGUAAAUUCGCCUGUCGCUUUGACCAAAUAGCCAUGAUUAGCAUGGCUAAGAGAGAGAGAGAGAGAGAGAGAGAGAGAGAGAGAGAGAGAGAGUGAGAGAGAGAUUGAUAGAUCGGUGCUGCUGAUUUCUCUGAAGCAUCCGGAAAAGAUAACCAGAUUUGUAACGAACAGAGAAGGUGACACCAGAUUUGUACACUCGCAUACGGAUAGCAACUCAUUCGACAAGAAUGACUUGUCACGAUGUCAUAGUUUGGAGGGGGAUUCUGUCGGUGAAAUAGGGUUGAGUAGUACUUUGUAGCAUGUAAACAUCAGGCUUGAUUGGGAGAUUAUGAUUCAUCUUACCAUGUUUAACUUCUUCGUAGAAUCAUACACUCGCAUAACAUCAUAUUGGUUAAUCUACGAUAUCUUUUCUUUUCGCUAUUUA